GCCGUCAAUGUCGGCGGCAGCAUCGCCCAGUUCUGCCCCAGAACCCGCGGCGGGGAGGCGCCAGUACACGGACAUCCGGUGGAGGGCUGCGGUGGAGAUCGAGGGCCCGCGCCCGCCGUGGCGCCGGAGCUCGCAGAGUCGCUGGCCGUCGAGGAGCCGAUAGGGCGGUUCUCGGGCGGCACAGCCGGCGCGUCGGCUGGGGCCGCGGCGAGCAGCGGAGCGAGGGCAG